GGAGCUGCUCAGAGCCGGGGCGCGGAGGAGCCUGGGUGCGGAGGAGCCUGGCACGCAUUUCCAGCUGCGCCUGCCUGGGCCCCCAAAUGUGACGGUCACUGACCAGCUCGGGAGAGGCCUCGGGGCUCCGGAUGGAAAGCGUAGCGCGUGCUGAAAAGCCGCUGCUUCCCAUGGGCACGGAAGGGCCAGCGGGCGGCAAUGACCGUGACCCGGAGCGAGUGGGUCGGCAGGCGGCCCUAGAGAGCCAGCGGCUCCCUCCAAGGGGGUGAGUCGGGGGACGGGGCAGGCUCCUGCCACGCCGGAGUGCAGCCCUCGCCGAGGACGCCUGGGAGGUCCUGCACCCGGGGCAGCGAGGGGCUGCCUGGCCCCUGACCCCUGACCCCUGGCCCUGCUUAGGAACUUGAGGGACAUCAGAGCUCCCCUGGCCACCCCUCCCCUGCUCCUCCCGGAAGAUGAGGACUCUGAACACCUCCGCCGCCUCCACCAUGGACAGGGCCGGGCCGGCGGCGCAGCGGGACUUCUCCUUCCGCCUGCUGACCGCCUGCUUCCUGUCGCUGCUCAUCCUGUCCACGCUGCUGGGCAACACGCUGGUGUGCGCCGCCGUCGUCCGCUUCCGGCACCUGCGGUCCAAGGUGACCAACUUCUUCGUCAUCUCCCUGGCCGUGUCGGACCUCCUGGUGGCCGUCCUGGUGAUGCCCUGGAAGGCCGUGGCCGAGAUCGCCGGCUUCUGGCCCUUCGGCGCCUUCUGCAACGUGUGGGUGGCCUUCGACAUCAUGUGCUCCACGGCCUCCAUCCUCAACCUGUGCGUCAUCAGCGUGGACCGCUACUGGGCCAUCUCCAGCCCCUUCCGCUACGAGAGGAAGAUGACGCCCCGGGCGGCCUUCAUCCUCAUCGGCGUGGCCUGGACCCUGUCCGUGCUCAUCUCCUUCAUCCCCGUGCAGCUCAGCUGGCACAAGGCCCGGCCCAGCACCGCCGGCCCUGCCGAGGGCAACGCCACGGCCCCCGGCGGCGAGGCCGCCGACAACUGCGACGCCAGCCUGAGCAGGACCUACGCCAUCUCCUCCUCCCUCAUCAGCUUCUACAUCCCCGUGGCCAUCAUGAUCGUCACCUACACCCGGAUCUACCGCAUCGCCCAGAAGCAGAUCCGCCGCAUCUCCGCCCUGGAGCGGGCGGCCGUCCACGCCAAGCACUGCCAGGCCACCGCGGGCAACGGGAGGCCGGCCGAGGGCGCGCCGCCCGAGAGCUCCUUCAAGACGUCCUUCAAGCGGGAGACCAAGGUGCUGAAGACGCUGUCGGUGAUCAUGGGCGUGUUCGUGUGCUGCUGGCUGCCCUUCUUCGUGCUCAACUGCAUCGCGCCCUUCUGCGGGGCCGGCGAGACCCAGCCCUUCUGCAUCGACGCCCUCACCUUCGACGUGUUCGUGUGGUUCGGCUGGGCCAACUCCUCCCUGAACCCCAUCAUCUACGCCUUCAAUGCCGACUUCCGGAAGGCCUUCUCCACCCUCCUGGGCUGCGACAGGCUCUGCCCGGCGGCCGGCAACGCCAUCGAGACGGUCAGCGUCAACAACAAUGGGGGCGCGGCGCUCUCCAGCCACCAUGAGCCGCGGGGCUCCAUUCCCAAGGACUGCGGCACGGUGUACCUGAUCCCGCACGCUGAGGGCGCCUCGGGGGGCCCGCGGAGGCAGGAGGCGGGCGGGACGGCCGGGCCCCCCGACAGGCUGUCCCCGGCCCUGUCUGUCAUCUUGGACUACGACACGGACGUCUCUCUGGGGAAGAUCCAGCCCCUCACUCAGAACGGACAGCACCCCACCUGAGCCCCGAGGGGCCUCCUGCCGGCCGCGCUCACCCCCAAAGCGAGAGGGGACGGGGGCUAGGGGGGAGGGGGAUGUCGUCUCUGGGGCUUGCUGUGCACAGACAGCAAAGGGACGGCGAGACUCGGGGUGUCCGGCCAGCCUCCCCCUGCUGCUUCUCCUCCAACACAACGAACUCCGUGUGAACAUGCGUCCCGGCGUGUUUUCCCGUGUUCUUCCUGGCGAGUCAAAGAGCCACCCAUGUUGAGGCGAGGGCUCACGAGAGACCUGUCGUUGGCUCCCGACGUGUUUUUAGAAACCGGUCUUUUCUCUUCGGACUCAAAGAUAGGGCAGAGAGCCCGCAGGG